UUCCCUUGUUUUAGCACAAUGUUGAAAUACUUACUGUUAUCUCUCCUCCUCAUCACGUACGUGAUGUCGGAUGACGAUGUUAUCAAUGACAAGGAUGACGACCCUAAUGACGAGGUUGUUACUGAUGAGGAAAUGGAAGAUGACGAGCCUGCUUCUCCUAAGAAGGGUGGCGAAAAUCUCAUGACUUUUUCUCAACCCGUGCUGACAGAUGAGGAACAAAAGUCUCAUCAUUUCCCGGAGAGAUACAGAUGUGAAGCUUGUCAGAUUGUUGUUCAUAAUUUGGGUACAGCUUUUAAGAAAGCAGAAUCAAAGAUCCCAAAGAAAAAGAAGAAGCGUACACUAGGAGAUGUUGAUAUUCUUGAUAUUGUGGAGGAUCUUUGUACAAAAGAUAAAUUUGAUGGAUACUCAAUCCAAGAGUUUGGCGGCACAGUGACAUUUAAGGGACCAGCAUUCCCAUCUCGAACAGCUUCUGGUAUGAGCAUGGGAGGUGGAUUGUGGCCGCAUCGAUAUGUGAACUACUGUGGCGGUCUAUUCGAAGAUGUUGAUGAAGACGAGGCAUACCAGUUCUACAGGUCCGGCAGCUUGUUCGCCGACCUGUGUUUGCAGAACCACUGCAAGGGAGAGCUCUCGGAAACUCCCGAGCCUGUUGAUAUAAAACCUGCCGAUUUUAUCUCCUCUAAGGACGAACUUUAAAUCAUUGCUAUCUUAGUUUUUAAUACCAGAACAUUUUACUUUAUUCAGUAUACCUAGUUGGCAGAUAAAUAUUUCCUCGCUGUUUUACCGCUGAUAUGAUUUCGUUUAAAUUAUUGUCAUUGCGACAAAAAGUUUAAAGGUUUAGAUAUGAAUUGUAAAUUUAUUUAUUGUACAUUGGUGUUCUGUGCAGAGUUAUGUGUUUUGAAUUUUGAUAGCACUUUUUAUGACCUGGCGUAGACAUCAGUUAGAACUUAGGUUCUUUAUAUUACGUGCGUAGAUCCGUAUCGGUUUCUAGUUUCUUUGAUAAUUUGUUUCCCCAACGUUUUCGGUUCAUGAUGUUUUUCUUAGUUAUAUUUCAAUAAGUUAGCUGACAUAGGUGUAUAUUUUCUACUCUACCAAAACCCCAAAUCCUGAUAUCAGUGCUAUUGUGAUGUCUCAAAUUCAAAUAACUGGCAAAUAUUAAUAUUUGGACACUCAAUGACCAUCAAUUUCCAAUUGGUAACCAAUCAGAACCUUAGCGAAAUGUUAAGAAGUGUCGUUAUCAUCAUAGUUAUCCUAAACUCUGCUAUCUCCGAUGAAGACGACGUGAUAAAUGACGAAGACAUUGCAGACCAAACAUACGACGCCCAACUAGAACCACAAUUUGUGGAGGUAGUAAAGGAGGUCCCCCCACAGCAAAAAGUUUUUGACAAGUUCAUUGAUCUUCCCAAACUUACAGAAGAGGAGUUGAGCAUGAACAACCGUAUCCCGUCCGACCGUUUUAAGUGCGAUAUCUGUCACAUUAUAGUUUUCAACCUUGGAACUGGGUUUAAAGCGGAGGAAUCAAAGCUACCCCAGAGAUAUAAGAGUAAAGGAAUUGAUGCCGUUACCGUCAUUGAUAUUGUUGAAGAUGUUUGUGUCAUGGACAAGUUUUAUGGGCACUACUCAGUUUUUACGGUGGAGGAUGAGCCCAAGCUCUGUGGACCAGCUUUUCCUGAUAGAAAGGACUCGGUAUGUUGUAUAAACAUGGUCCAUGGCCGAAGAGAUAUCGCAGUUACUGCGGAGGGAUCCUCGAGGAUUAUGAAGAAGACGAGGUCUACAACCACUACCGUUCUGGGAAUCUGUUCACAGAGCUCUGUAUGAAAGGGGACUGUAAAGGGAAACUCUCUGAGAUCCCGGAAGCUGUAGAUUUUAAACCCUUUUCGAAGGACGAGUUGUAGAGCUUUGUUCACGAGAUUUAAGCUUCAGAAUCACAAUAAAUAUGGUUUCGUCAUGCUAGAUUUUCAUUCGAUUUUCAUUUAUACCGUUUAUAGUUUAUAUCGUUUCUAUUUUUAAUUUU